UAAUGGCGAAGAGGACGAGUAUCAUGGACGCUCACACCGUGAGUAAGAAGCUGUCCAUUACCCGCGUGCGUGUCGCAGUCCGCUUGAGACCGUACAUGGAGAAAGGGGAGGAUAAAAUCUGCGUCCGGGGCCUGGACUCUCAAUCUCUGCAGAUUAUCAAUUGGAGGAACCAGAUGGAGACCAUGCAGUACCAGUUUGAUGCGUUUUAUGGGGACACUGCCACUCAGCGGGAGAUCUACACCGGUUCCGUGUACCCGAUCCUUUCACACUUGCUUAUUGGGCAGAACGCCAGUGUGUUUGCCUAUGGACCCACAGGAGCAGGGAAGACUCACACAAUGCUGGGGAACCCAAAUCAGCCGGGUGUCAUCCCUCGGGCUGUCAGAGAUUUGUUACAGAUGACACGGGCGGCUACUGAAGAGAACUGGAUUUACUCCAUCACCAUGUCUUAUGUGGAGAUUUACCAGGAGAAGGUAAUGGACCUUCUGGAACCGAAGAACAAGGACCUUCCCAUCCGGGAGGAUAAGGACCAUAACAUCCUGAUCCCGGGUGUGACACAGAAAACAAUUAACAACUUCUCAGACUUUGACGAGCAUUUCAUCCCGGCUAGCCAGAACCGCACCGUGGCCUGUACAAAACUCAACGACCGGUCCAGCCGGAGCCAUGCUGUUCUGCUCAUCAAGGUGCAGAAGACCCAGCAGGUACCGCCUUUCAGACAGCUAACGGGGAAGUUGUACCUGAUAGACCUGGCGGGAUCAGAAGACAACCGACGCACAGGAAACCAAGGCAUACGGCUAAAGGAGAGCGGCGCCAUCAACUCCUCACUCUUCACUCUCAGCAAGGUGGUGGAUGCCUUAAAUCAGGGGUUACCCAGAAUCCCUUACAGAGACAGCAAGCUAACACGGCUCCUACAGGAUUCACUCGGUGGUUCUGCCCACAGCGUUAUGAUAACGAACAUCGCGCCGGAGCAGAAUUAUUACUUUGACACGCUGACCGCCCUCAACUUUGCUGCCAAGUCCAAACAGAUCAUCAACAAACCCUUCAGUCAGGAAACCACCUUUUCUGUACUAUUCACAUCUUCAGUUCAACCUACCAUGAAGAGGCCUCGGGAAGAUGCUGAUACCACUGCCCCAUCUCAGAAAUUAAAGAAAACCAAAUCAGACUCUGUGGACGAGUCUCCCGAUUCCUGCAAUGAAAGUGUCCGGAAACACAAACUCAACCUGGCCUCGCUGGACCCGUCUGUGGUGGAGAGACUGCUGAAACUGGAUAAGAUCCUCACCGAGAAAGGAAGGAUGGAGACCCAACUUCUAAGCACCCCGAAAAGGGAGCGGAUGGCUCUGCUGAAGAAAUGGGAAGAGAGCCAGAUGGAGAUUGAGAGGCUGAAGGAGAAGCAGAAGGAGCUGGAGGAGAAGGCUCUAGCAGCUGAAGCCCGUCUGGAAAAAUCUAAUAGUUCCGACCUGGACUUCUCCGAUUCCAGCGUGAGCGAAAGCAUGUUCCGGGUUCCUCUACGCUCUCGGGCAACUUCCACCGCCAAGGCCAAGAAGGUGCUCCGUGUUCUGCCCCUGCAGGGCCUUACAAACCAGUCCAAUAUCCAGGAAGAAGUGAUCCCAGUUGUAAAGAAAAGUAGACGGAAAAAAGCCUCCUCCGGCCAGGAGAACGAGCCCAGCUGGGAAGUGACCAUGCGGUCGGACGUUGUCCAGAGCGGACGGGAAAAAAUCCUUCAUCUCCUCAACAAUGGCUCGAUAAAAGAGCUGAAGUCUCUGCAAAAGAUUGGAGACAAGAAAGCCAAACUCAUCGUGGGCUGGAGAGAGCAUAAUGGCCCGUUCAAAAUGGUGGAAGAUCUUGCAAUAAUGGAAGGGAUGUCUGCCAAACUGGUCUCUUCAUUUUUAAAGGCCAACAUCCUGAGCAUAGUAGCCAGCUGAAGCUCCGCAGCCGCGGACCCCGGAACUCUGCGCAGCCUCUGAUGUAAUGGAUUCUGUGAAACCUUUACUUUCACCUACACGAGGCUCAGUCCACCCCCAGCUCAGCACAUG